AUGAAAUUGCUAGCGGUGUUAACCCUAGCAUUCGUCUUAUCUUUGGCAACCGGUUAUCCGUGGAAGCACAGGAAAAAUGAGCACGAAAGAAGACGUGUAACUCAUCAACAUGGCGUCAAAAAGGAACACAAACAUGAAACGAAACACGAAAGUGCGAAAGCCAAGCACCGCGGCUCGAAGACGAAAGCCCAUAAGGUUUAUAAAAAGUUUGGAAUGUUUGCUGCGCCUAGUUUUGCGUUUGAAGAUAGUUCUGUAGCACCACAAGGACAGGUUGGUCUUCAACAAGUUUUAGUGCCAGUGAACAGUGCGAGUUUCACUCAAAAUACUGCCAGGGCUCCCGAAAUGCUCUCGUCUUUCACAGCUGUUCCAGCUUCGCAGCGCGCUACAUUGGGCACUGAGGUAAGGCGAUAUGGGCUAAUUUGAGUAUUUUAGACCACGUUCACAUCACACAGGAGCGCAAUAAUGCCGCCAGAAUUUACGUGUGUUCACACAACGCCGUUAAAGUUUGUUUACAAAUUAAAUUAGCACUCGUGUAAACCCAAAAUAUUUCAAAAAGAGCAGACAAAUUGAAACGAAAAGCAUUCGAAUUUAAUGUUUUGAGACCUGAGAUGCUUGGUUUGCAAGUGGUACAAAAAGGUAACGGCGUUUGUGUUGACACGAAGCCACCAAGCGCCCCGUUUUCAUCUCGCUCCGUUUAUAGAAACCGUGCUCAAAUUGUUACGGGUCUACGGCAAAAGUGACGCGACGGCUAAUUCUGAAUUUUCUGCGCCAUUUUCAAACCGCUCCGGCCUUGGUGUGAACGUAGUCUUAAUUUUUUUUGCAUGUUAGGUAACACACGCAUAAUAUAUACUACUUGGUUUUGACCAGGACGCUUAUAUACCACAUAAGCGCCCUGGUUAUAUACCACAUAAGCGCCAUAUAAGGUAUAUAAGCGCCCUGGUUUUGACUAUAUUGAACAUUUUCAUUUUUCGAUACUUUUCUCAAUCGGCAAACAAACUUAAAAAAACAUGUUUAGUGCUUUACCUUAAAAGUAAUGCUAAAAUGAAGAGAUUUUAGAAAGCAAGCCAGAGAGAAAAUGAUGUCUGGGGCCGAUUGUAUAAAACUCUUAAUCACUUUUUUAAUCACAAUUUUGUAGUUAAAUAGUGAUUAACUCUCAAAUAGGCGCUUCUUAUUGGAUGACGUUUCCACUAACUAUAAUUAACUUUAAUCACUUUUUUAUACAACCGGCCCCAGAAGUUCAGUAAGUUUUAUAUACGAUUAUACGAUUAACAGUUUCAAUAGCGCAAAUUUCCAUGUACAUACCUAGACUAUUUUAUCUUUACAACAAUUGACCAUUUGCGUAAUAGACAAAAUUUUGAUCUAAACAAGUCUAGACAAAAAUUUCAUCACAGCUUGAAAAAGCAUUACAAAAUUAGUAAUAUUCCAAAGUUUCGUUGCGAAAUGUUGUAAAAUGCGGAUAAUAUAGCCUUGCGAAGUUUGCAGUUUUCAGUCAUUUUAGAUUACAAACGGGAAAUUGACAGCCUCAAAGCGUAUCGGGCUUUCAAUUUCCCGUUUGUAAUCUAAAAUGACUGAAAAUUGCAAACUUCACAAGGCUAUAUUAUCCGCAUUUUACAACAUUUCGCAACGAAACUUUGGAAUAUUACUAAUUUUGUGAUGCUCUUUCAAACUGUGAUGAAAAUUUGUCUAGAUCAAAAUUUAGUCUAUUACGCAAAUGAUCAAUUGUGAUAUUACUUUUUUAACUGUGUUUAUCCUAACCCACCCUAUCAACUUUCCCUGUGGGUAUAAACAGUUUAGUUGUUGAUAUAGAAACAUUUUAGUUGUUGAAACACGCAGUUUAGUCGAAAUUAGUUUCCAUAAUUUUUCAUAGGCAUUGGGAGACCAAAGUAGUGCACAACAACAAAUCACCACACAAGCAGUACAGCCGCAGCAAACACAAACCGUACAGUACGAAAGCCCGGUAGUUGGUACAAACGAAGACAACUCAGUGCUUAAGACCACGACGCAAGCAGCAACCACUGACGGCGCUACCUUACAAGAGCCUGGGGCGGCACAGACUGAAGUGGUGGGAAGCCCCGCUGGCUCGUUUGGCGCGGGCUCAGAAAGUAUCCAAAGCUUCACCCAACAGGAUCCUGGGAAGGGCACGGAUGAAAUGAAAGAUUUGCAAGUGUACAAUGGACCGUUGCCUGACAGCGGGCAGAAUAAGCCUCGGAUUGCAGGCAUGUCGCCUCAAGAAGACGUCAAGAUUGUCAAUUUGGGAGACGAUGAGAAAACGACAACUUUACAACAAGGUAGGUUACAGUCUUACAGAACUUUAAUUUUGUCUUUAGCAUUUCUGGUAAAAGUUUGCGAAUAUAUACCGGUACCGUAUAUAAUAAUACGAUUACAAUUUGCUAUUCAUAGCAAUCAUAUAGAAAUAAGCAUGUUAUGAUUUAUUGUGCCCUAGUUUGAUAGCAUUUAUUAACUUCCAGUAAUUAAUUGGAUAUGAAGAAAGUGUUUCCUUUACCUCUUGUUUGAAGACGAAAUGUGAUUUUAUUUGUUUGAAGUUUUUUGCAAGACCGUUCCGAAUUUCGGUUCCUUUGUUUGCUAGGGAAUGUUUUGCAUAGGUAAAUUUUGAAGGACUUGUAAGAAUGGUUUGAGGGAAACAUCGAGGUUUGAGGGAAACAUUGAGUCAUUUCCCUCAAACAUUUCUUACAAAUCAUUCAAAACGUCGAACUUACCUUUGCAAAAUUCCAACCGUGAUCACAGAAACUUUGAUAGUGUAAACCAGGUUUAACUAUAUAUAGAAGGUUUUUGAAGAUAGAAAUUACGAGGCGAAAAUCAUAAUAAAGUAAAAUCCUGCAUAAAAGAACCUGUGGGAUAAGAUCCGCCAGUCUGAAAUCAAUCACCCAAUAAUAUACAAGACCCAUUUCAUGCUGAGAAAUGAGACUGGUUCUGAAAGAUCUUUAGAAUGCAUGUUCUAUAGAAGGGCAGGUAUAUGGGCUGGUACAUAUUUGAUUUAAUACCGUUAAUUAAGUCCGUUAGAAAUGCAGAAAACAUAAUAUGUUGUUUGGUAACUCAAAAAAGAUACACUUUAUCAAAUCAAGACAAAUACUAAUUAAGGCUAAUUUCCACUCCGGAAAAUUAUCCGUGGAUUUGGAACGGACAAGAAAAUUCUUCUUUGUGUUGUGAGCUCUGGGUUGGAACUAAUGACUUUAACACAAAGAAAACUUUUCUUGUCCGUUCCAAUCCACGGAUAAUUUUCCGGAGUGGAAAUUAGCCUUUAGUGUAAGUUAUAAUGUCAACAGAUCACUUAUUGCAGUAGGGAAACAGAAACCAACCAGGGAUAAUUGUUUUUGACUAGAAAUAAGAACCUGUUAAUAAGAACCAACUCAGCCUGAUUUCUCAGUAAGCACUUAUUACAUAAGGAACACUUCAGCCUGACAUAAAAAUAGUGGUUCUUUUAUACGGGUUUUUAAUGUAUGCUGUUCUUUCUAGAUAAGCCAUGUGGAGGUUGUCCUCAGGGAGCGAAAUGCGUAAAUGGACAAUGUCAAAUACGGGAAGAAGAAGCCCAAGCAGCAGGAUUGACAGGUAAGAUGUCUUCUCCACAAAUAAUAUAGAGAAUAUAGUUUGCACGAAUAGACCUUUCCACGUAUGAGUGAAAUUUUGAUCUAGAUACGCCUGGACAAAAAUUUCACCACAGCUUGAAAGAGCAUCACAAAAUUAGUAAUAUUCCGAAGUUUCGUUGCGAAAUGUUGUAAAAUGCGGAUAAUAUAUAGCCUUGCGAAGUUUGCCGUUUUUCAGUCAUUUUGCAAUACAAACCGAGGAAAUUGAUAAUCAGAUAAUCAAACUGAUUAUCAAUUUCCCGUUUGUAAUACAAAAUGACUGAAAAACGGCAAACUUCGCAGGGCUAUAUUAUCCGCAUUUUACUACAUUUCGCAACGAAACUUCGGAUAUUACUAACUUUGUGAUGCUCUUUCAAGCUGUGAUGAAUUUUUUGUCCAGAUUUGUCUAGAUCAAAAUUUCACUCAAAAGGGGAAAGGUCUAUUCUCCGAUACGAGUUCGUGUUAUCGAUUUUUCAUCUUCAUAUUUACCAGAAAUGGACCUCAGAUUUGAAAUAUUCAUGCUCAAAUUAGUCUAUAACGAACAUGUCACGUUAUUUGGACGUUCAGAGUGCGAUUUAUGGGGUUUUGAAGAUUUUGUUUUUCCUGCACAUAUACUGGAAUUUUCCCUCUAUUUUCACUGCAGUUCUGCAGAUAGUGAGAUGAAAAAAUGAUGACGUCAACUCGGAUCAUCCUCUAUAGAAAUUUAUUUAAUACAAGCGUACUUUAGUAAGUUAUAUUCGACCGUGUAAAAAUGUCUACAGUAUUCAUUCUGAACCUAUCUCGUGAAUUUUUUCAAAUACUUCAAAUUGCACUCGUUCUACAGGUGGAGAAGCUAGCUGUACCAAACUGGUCAUGCUAAAGAUUUAUAUUAUUCAAAUCUAUUGAAAUCUAUUGUCUUUAAACUAUGUUGGCGCAGGAAGCAUAGCAUAGCAUAGCAUAGCAUAGCAUAGCAUAGCAUAUAGCGGUCAGUUGCCAAGGCUAGCUUCUCCACUACGUCCUUCGUUUUUCAAAGACUUCAAAUUGCACUCGUGCAUGUGUUUUCCAAACUACACUCGAAACUAAUACAUAAAAAAUAUUUUCUCCUCAUAGGAACAGGCACAGCUAGCAACCCAGGAUCCGUUAACGACAUUCGCAAUUUAGAAACGCAAGAACUCACUUCACUUCUGAAGGAUGCUUCAAAGGCGGACCCUCCACCCACAGCUGUCCCUGAAAGUCCCACAGCUGGUGCUGAACGUCCCACAGCUGUCCCUGAAGGUCCCACAGCUGUCCUUGAAGGUCCCACAGCUGUUGCUGAAAAUCCUACCGGGUCCCCUAUUACCACUCAAUUCCACUCCCAAAGUCAAGGGCAACUUCAAGAUAAGACGCAUAGUAGUGCACAGCAACAGAAAGUAGAAAGCGCACCUCAAACGGCUCAAUUAGCGAAACCCGCGUCACCACAUGUCGCACAAGGUGCGCAAAUGCCAGGAACAGUUGUACAACCUCAUUUUACCGGCGAGCAAUUGAAAGAACUACGGGACUUUGCACGCAUGUACAAAAUGUAUCAGUUUAUACGAAAGAUGGAGGAACGACUAAAUGAUCCAGAUUGCGCACCGGUCUGCCGCAAACAAUGCAGAAAUUUCUGUCCCAAAAAAUGUUGCCGCGGUCAGAAAGUUAAUACGAACGUCGUGUCACACUUGAUGCAGACCGCGGACAAGAUAAAAGGAACUGGUAACAAAGCUGUUAAGCAACAUACAGGAAUGGAGGAUAAUGGGGGUGCGAACGAGGAUAGCGAGGAGCAAGAAGAGAAAAAGAUGGAUAAAGAAACGGCUGGAAAGAAACAUAUUUUGAUAAGGAUUGUAAAGAAUGAUGAGUUAGAUAAACCACGCGCACACAUUGCUCAUUAAAGCAACCACGUUGAAAUAUCUUAACAAAGAAUGCUAACGUAUGCCCAGUUUUACUAAAUACUAGCGAACUUAAGCAAGGCUUAAUCUAGUACGGGAACGUAACAAGAAACAGCCCUAAAUUUUACACUUUUAAAAUUAUAAAGAACUACUGUUAUUAAGAACCUCAACAAGAAGGAAAGUUCAUUGAUAUCAUAUCAUAUAAUGCAAGGUCGAAAAUGAGCAGAAAUUAACUCAAAUUUCGCGGGAGUUUUAUAGACGUUGCCGUUGUCCUGUUUACAACGGCAAAAUACAGAUUAUCACGUCUUGUAUAAAACGUUUAUAUUUCAAGCUGGGACAACUGCUACCUUAAACUGGGUCCCAAAACGUUUGUCAAUCAUUAACCCUGUGUUAACCUUGAUCCUUCAAUUGUAUUAUUUUCAUACGAUGGAUAAUAGACAACAGGUUUUCUUCUGCAAUUGUUUGGUUCAACGAUUUCGUUUGCCGUCCUACAUGCUUAAGGUCGCAACUGCCUCAAUAGGGCAGAAACCUAUGUUAGAUUCUCGAAACCAAACAGUUCAUAAAAAAGCUUGUGAAUUUAUUUAUAAUUUCCACAAGGAAUAAGAAUCCUAUCGUUGUCUUAAUAAGACGGUAAAAAGGCCCAAAAUACACACUUCCAGAUACCAGAAAGUCCUUAGCCUUGGCUAUAUACAGCCUUGUUUUCAGGAUUGAAACAUCGGCUUUAUUAUAUAAAGGUCUUUUCUAUUAUCUAACUGUAUGAUUUCGUAAAGGUGUCACCUGUAACAAGAUAAAAGGCUCUAAAGCCGAUUUCUCAAUCGUUCGGGAUUAUUAUACAUAUGACGGGACUACAAGGAAAGUACUUAUAUGUGGAAAUACACAAAACAAGUUACUUUUGUAAAUAAUAAAUUUGAUAUAACAAUGUGUGUACCUUGCUUGUGAUUAUUUUAAGCUAUGGUUAAACCAAACUAUAAAUCACGUAAGAAAAUUCAACAUAUAAUUUGAGAAGUAAUUUUGAUCAACUGUCAUUAGCAAAACCUAGCACAAGUUUUCUUAAGACAAGCUUUUCCUAUAGAGCGGCAAAAUCGUGGAACAACCUUCCCUUAACUUUAACGCAAAACAUCGGUAAUAAAACAGCGAACGUAUUAAAGACAUUGCUCAUCAAUCACUAUGGUAACGACUAUAGUGAUUGACGAGUACCCCGUGUAUGUGUACUUUAUAAGCUGUAAUAAUAAUUAAGUAUUAUUGUACUAGUAAAGAUAAUUAGUAUACCUUGUUGUAUUAGUGACUGAGUAGUGUGAAGCUGAUGAGUAGUUAGGCUUCAUAAUUAUUAUUGUAAAUUUUUAUUGUGUACACGGCCCAUUGAAAACCAGCGAAUGCUGAAUGGCUACCGUGUUUAAAUAAUUUUAAUAAAACAAUAAAGCAAUAAAACAC